AUGGCCCUGCAAAACUUUAUUAAGCAAGCUGUAGGUUACCUUCAUACUUUGUUCCGUCAUCUGGAGGAACGAGUGAGCGGAAAAGAUGGUCCCAUUGAGUGCAUGGGGGACACUGAGGAGGAUGCAGUGUUGCAGCAGCACCAUGGUACAAGUCAUUUAGGAAUUUCAAAAGAAGUGGAAGACACUGAGUCACCGGAUAACCUGAUUGUUCAGCAACACAUGCUAAUCCAACAUCUUGUAGAGAAGACUCGAGGAAUGACAGAGAAAAUAACGAGGAUGGAGCGGGUCAUACAUCAGCUUGACGCCAAUCAUCAGGAAAAUGUAAAAAUGUUGGAUGUUGCCAAGGAUUUCUUCAACUCUUUCAAACCCACUAGAGCAGCAAACGGCGCCAUUGAAUUUUUUUCAGAAGAUGACAAGGAUAUUGUUCAGAAGAUAAAUCACAUGAAGGAUUUCUUUAGCUAUUUUGUCCUUUCUGACCGUGUGAAGUCUAAGGGCAUGGACAAAGUGGCUUAG